UUUUAACCAAGCGGCAGCCGCCAGUCUGCAGAGAGAGACUCGGACACGCAGGAAAGGCUGGUUCCUCAAGGACUUUAUCGCACUAAGCCAUGGGAAAGGAUUACUACAAGACCCUGGGCAUUCAGUCUGGGGCCAAUGAGGAGGAGAUCAAAAAAGCCUACAGGAGGAUGGCCCUCAAGUUCCAUCCAGACAAAAACAAAGAUCCUAACGCAGAGGAAAAAUUCAAAGAAAUAGCAGAAGCAUAUGAAGUCCUCAGUGACCCAAAGAAGAAAGCCAUUUAUGACCAGUACGGCGAGGAUGGACUCAAAAGUGGAGGAACUGGCUCAUCUAGUGGACCAGGCACUACCUAUCACUACACCUUCCAUGGAGAUCCACAUGCCACAUUCGCAUCGUUCUUCGGUGGCUCGAACCCCUUCGAUAUGUUCUUUGGCUCUGGACGUCAUUGGAACGCCAGCAACGGUGCCGGAGACCACGAUAUGGACAUCGACAUGGAUGGGGAUGAUGAUCCAUUCAGCUCCUUUAGCCACUUCGGCUUUAAUGGUCUCAAUGGGUUCCAUCGUGGGGUAGGUCGCCGACCUCGUAACGAGUCUUUGCACAGCGGAAGCAACACCAGGAAGAAGGUACAGGACCCUCCUGUGGUGCACGAGCUGCGGGUAUCUCUGGAGGAAAUCUUCCAUGGAUGUACUAAGCGCAUGCGCAUCACUCGGCGCCGCCUCAACCCAGAUGGAAGGACGACGCGGUCGGAAGACAAGAUCCUAAAUAUCGUCAUCAAGAGAGGAUGGAAAGAAGGGACCAAGAUCACCUUCCCUAAGGAGGGCGACGAGAAUCCUGAGAACAUUCCGGCCGAUAUUGUUUUUGUGCUUAAGGACAAGGGACACCCGCACUUCAGGAGGGAUGGAUCGAACAUCGUAUACACUGCCAAAGUCAGUCUUAAGGAGGCCCUGUGUGGUUGCACGGUGAACAUUCCCACCAUAGACAACAAGGUUAUCACGCUGCCCUGCAACGACAUCAUUAAACCAGGAAUCAUAAAGAGACUUCGGGGUGAGGGUUUGCCCUUACCCAAGAGUUCAUCCCAGCGCGGGGACAUGAUAGUGGAAUUCCAGGUGCGCUUUCCCGACAGGAUACCGCCUCAGUCCAAAGAAAUCAUCAAACAGCACUUACCCCAGUCUUAAAGCCAUUUUUUUUUUUAAGAUGGACAUUAUCUUUCACAAACAUUAAUAACGACCCAGAGGAAUGCAAAUCGUGUAUAAAGGACCGGACGUCAACUACAUACAGUAUUUUGUUAACCUUUUUGAGAGCACGUGGGGAAAAAAAAUUCUUUCGGAAAGAUUUUUUUUAGCAGUUUGUUACCUUGAAGCCUAUGGAUUUCAUCCAUUACCUUUUUCAUGAUCUGCUCAUUUUUUCACAUCAUCACUUCGAGGCGAAACGGAAAGAAUCGAACCCUGCUUUAUUUAAAUGAAGCUUAACGUGGAUGACUGAUGCUCUGCUUGUUUCACAGCUUAUUCGUUUCGUCUCUCUUGAAUGUUGCCCUUCUUUAGUCCAUGUUCAGUUGAGAUUUUUGGAUAAAGCAGAUUCAGAUUACACUUUAGGUCCUUUAGAGUGAUGGGCUGCCUUUAGCACCAGCAAGUUCGAUAGAAACCAUUUGAUAUAUUUUUAUUCUGAGAAUCAACCCAGCAGUCUAAAGGUGCUUUGUUCUCUGUGACCAGAUUAUUAGGUGCUGUCGCUCAUCCCAAGUCUUUAAUGGUGUGAUCACAGGAUCUCGAGUGCCUUAAUACGGCUCGGACUAGCUAGACUUUAGAGUCAGGUUAUGUAACGAAAAAGACGAGUGUUUUCACUUCAACCAAGGCCUAUUAUGGUACUGUAUACGCCACUGAACAAGCAAUUAUUAUGUCAUUGCACGAUUAGCCUGCACUGGUAGUCUUUUAGAGCCAUGUUUUUUUUUUUCUUUUAUGUGUGCAUGUGCUUGUUUCAUGUACCCUACUUAAGACAUUUUGGGAUUGUUUUACACUAUUCACAUUACCAUGACCCAUACAGUACAUCAUUUCUUUUAUACAGUAUCCGUAAGACAAUCAUGAGUCUUUCAUGGUGGGUUUAAAGAAAAGGGUAGAAAGAAUGAAAAUGAAGCCGUGUACAGAGUAAACAGGAACGCGUUAAGGAUUCAUGGUUGCUGUAUAUACACGCUUUCCGUAAAGAAAACACACAAGAGCACUUUCAGAAAACUGUGAAGUCAGACGAUGAAGUUUGGUUUGAAGGUAGGUCGUAAACAUUCAAUUGCACACUAUACGUCUACUGUUCCGUGCACACGACUGUGGAUAUACAGUACAUGCUGUAUGAAACCUUCAGUUUGCAAAUAAGGAUAUGCACACUAUGGAGAGAGUUUUGAAGUUUAGGUAUGACUGCUGACACUUUUACUAUUUUAGAUGUGCACACUUUAUAGUUACGGUUUCCUCUUGUAAUUAAAAAAAAAAAAAAACACAUUUCUAUACAUUUGUAUCCCUUGAGAUGUAUUGCCUUUUAGCAAUAUAGCCAACAUUUGUCUUUUUUUUCUUGGACAAUCAAGUACGAACCCAUCUCUCUCUCUCUCUCUCUCUCUCUCUGUCUCUGAGAAUCCGAAUGUUCUUCUCAAACAUGAAACUUUUGAAAGGUGCCAAGAAAAUUUGGGAUGCACAGUCACUAGAAAAAGGUUCCUGGCAUGAGUUUAUCUAAUCAUGUCUGAAACUAGGAUUUUUUUGCUUGAUCAUUUUUUUAUGUCAUUUUUACACCAAUGUUAUUUAUGUAUUCUUUAAUAUAGCGAUGUUGCGUUUAUCAUUCGGCCUCGUUUUUUUUUAAGUAAAUCUAGCUUGCUAGCUGGGAUUGUAAAAGGGUUUAGCAAGUGAUACGAGUGAACCAGUGUGUUAGUGUACUGUGAUUUUAAACAUUGUUAAGGUCUACUGGACUGAUGCUUUGGCAGGGCUGAAGCUUGUUCUGAAUGUGCUGUUUUUAUUUUUAGUAGUACGGCUAUUAUAAUUAUGUACCUUUUUGUUGUUAAAGGAUAUUGUUUUAAAAGGCAAGAAAUAAACCACAUACCAUAAGUUUAUGGCCAUUUUUUUUAUACCUAAACUUGUUUUGCAUCACUGUAUAACAGUACUGUAAGUAUCUAAUAAUAAACAGGCAAGUAACUGCA